GUAGCGGAACACCAAUAACAAGUCGAUAAUACAAGCACGAUCUUGUUUCGUUUGAGAACGCAACAGACUCGUGGAGCAGUUUCAGUGAGAAAUUCUGUUGGUCGACUAGUAGCAUGGAAAAGACUUGGUUUCGCGCGAGUAACAAGAUUUCCGAACAGAAGAGCUCGAACAAACCCAAAGGUUGACGAAAAAGGGAUGAAAACGUUCGCUGACGUGUCCCGGGAGAUGUAGCGAUGACUUACCACUUGGAUGCGCCGGUGUUGUGGUGGGAUAUCCUCUGGACACAAUCAAAGUUCACAUGCAAACGCAAGAUUAUCGAAACCCGAAAUAUAAGGGCAAUUGGGAUUGUUUCCGCUCGAUACUCGCCAAAGAAUCGGUAGUAGGCCUCUACCGAGGCAUGUCAUCUCCAAUGGCAGGCGUUGGAUUGGUAAACGCCAUCAUCUUCGGUGUCUACGGUCAAAUCCAGAAACACAUACCGAAUCCUGAUUCUUUGUUCGCGCACUUCAUCGCCGGCACCUUGGCAGGAAUCGCCCAAACUCCCAUUUGCAGCCCGAUCGAGCUGGCGAAAACGCGCAUGCAGUUGCAAGUGUCGAGCACUCGAUUCUCCGGGCCGUUGCAAUGCCUGAAACAUACGUACAAAUACGAGGGUAUCCGCGGCGUGUUCAGGGGUCUGGGGAUCACGUUUCUCAGAGAAGCCCCUAGUUUUGGCAUUUACUUCACGACGUACGAAGCCUUGACGAAAACAUCGGAAAACAAACCUGUCUCGACGGGCUGCAUGUUGCUGGCCGGUGGUCUGGCCGGCUCAGCUUCUUGGAUGGUCACUUAUCCUCUAGAUGUUGUCAAAUCCCGAAUCCAAGCGGAUAGCAAACGGUACGCGGGGAUGCUCGAUUGUUUGAAACAAUCGGUGAAAGCCGAGGGUUACUCUUGUCUGUACAGAGGAUUGGGUUCGACGAUCCUUCGAGCGUUUCCGACAAACGCAGUGACGUUCGCUGUGGUCGCGUGGACGUUUCGAAUAUUCGGCCAAGAAACCAACGAAGCGCCUAUUCAGAACACCAAAUCUGGAAUGGUAGAAUCUGCUAAAAAAGUAUCGGAGGCACACGAACCUUUCCUUGGGAAAUGGAACGCGUUUCUGACCAGUGCCUCCAACGGUAUGGUUAUCCCAACGCUAUCGAUGGUGUCUAGCACCGAUCUGACGCUUGCCAAUUCCGUUGUGUACCAGGUAAACAGGUGGACAGAGACUGGGAUUAGACAUAGCGUGGCUGACCAAGUACGGAGCGACACGUGCCACGUGCCACGUAGAGGUCGAGUAGAUAUCGAGGAGAGAGAAAGGGGAUAAGCGUAACAUUUGUAGUGAGAAGAAGGUGGAAUUGAUGAGAACGUCGAUCAACGUCAAUAUAUAUAUAUAUAUAAUGUUGAAUCUCGAACAAAAAAUUGUGCAACCAAGUUAUGUUUGUAUAUUAAGUGUUACGGGAUAUUUGCGAAAUUUGCGAUACUGUUACGAACAAUUGAUACUUUUUGUUAAGCUGUUAGAAAGUAUUAGUAAGAAACUGAUGAUUCUUAAGAUCCAAUGCCGUGGUAUGGCCCACAAGUAGAAAUAAUUCCAUCGAAAAAAACACCGGCACGUCUAAAAUAGCCAAAUCUUAAAACACGUUUUUAUAUUGGCUCCUUGAAUUCAUGUAUUUUUUAUUCACACUUUCACUCCGGCUUUUGCCAUAUGACUACACGUUUGGUCAUCUAUGCUUUCAAAUCUAUGGGAAUAUUAUACAUAUACGAGUCGUUUUA